CCACAAUCCUGGUGUCUGGGCACGGCAGAAUUCUCUCCCCUUGGUCGCCUGCACGCCCAGCUGCUCUCGGUCAGCGCGUGCUAGCUGGACCAUACAACACUCUGUGAUGCACCAGCGACCAUGUCUACUAAUGAACGCACUAGCGUUUCCUAAUGAACGCAUUUAAGUGUUUUUCCAUCGAAUGCAGCAUCAAUUUCUUAUGAAUCCAUCAGCAUUUUGUAAAGCACGCAACACCGAUUUCCAAUGAACACAUAAAUACGAAUUUUGAUUAGAUAAGUCUGUUUAGCGCUUCUUUGACUAUGGCGAUAAAAGUUAAAAGUGACGUAACAAAAAAACUUCUAGUCUUGGAGCGUGCUCUGUUAUACAAAAGCUUGGUAAGUCUCGAAGACUUGGAGAUUUUGAAAGUGUGAUUACCAGUGAACUUUCAGGGAUAUUAUAUUCUUUUUUUCAGACUUAAAUUCAUGCUAUUCCAGAGUCUAGAUCUAGUAAAGAAACAUUGUGACGAGUGAUUUCCAAGGGAUGCUGAGGGUGCACCUAUAUUUGUGACCACAGGCUGGUUCUUCCAGCUGACGAAUGGAUCCAGGCUGCUCCUUUCUCUCUCCUCUGGUCCCCCCUUUUUUGUAUGAGUAAAGAAAGCACAUCGAUACCAUAACGACCGUUUAGUGGAGGGGACUGCCAGACAGAAACAACAUGGGGAUAGAGAAGAAGUAGAACCUUCCAAAGGCACGCACCAACCACCCUUGUUUGCCUUCAUAACUCGACUCCCGGUAGCUCCGGAUGACGUCACAUGGAGGCCCGACUCUACUUCCUCUCUCUGCUGACCUUUCUGCUCAGCCUGGCCAAAGAAAGCCAACAGGGCCAGCACGAGCGUCGUCUACUCAAGCAUCUGUUCCAGGACAGCGGAUACAACAAGUAUGAAAGACCGGCUGAAGACGAGUCCAACCCUGUCGACGUCAAGUUUGGGAUUAUUCUCCAGCAAAUAAUUGACGUGGACGAGAAGAACCAGAUUAUUCAUACUAACAUCUGGCUUCAGAUGACUUGGCAUGCCUACAACCUAAAGUGGAAUGCUGAGGAUUUUGGUAACGUUUCUACCCUCAUUGUGCCAAGGUCUCUGGUUUGGGUCCCAGACAUUCUCAUGUACAACAGCGCCAGCGAAGAUUUCGACGAGACGUACCCAACAAACGUCGUCCUCAGCAGCGACGGUUCCAACCUCUGGGUCCCGCCUGGGAUGUUCAAAAGCACGUGCGCCAUCGACAUCACGUGGUUCCCGUUUGAUGACCAGCUCUGUGACCUCAAGUUUGGUUCCUGGACUUACGUAGGGGGCCUGCUGAACCUGACUGAGGACAGCUCUGAAGGCGGGGACCUCAGCAGUUUCAUACGGAACGGGGAGUGGAUGCUAAUUGGUUUACCUGUGGAAAGACACGUUCUCCAGUACGACUGCUGCCCAGAGGUUUACAUAGAUUUGACCUACACCAUCCACAUCCGUCGGCGAACCCUUUACUACGGUUUCAACAUUAUCAUCCCGUGUGUCCUCAUCUCCUCCCUUACUCUCCUGCUCUUUAUUCUGCCACCCGAUGCAGGAGAGAAAAUUUCAUUGGGUGUGACCAUCCUCCUAUCCCUCAUGGUAUUUCUGCUGCUGGUGGCGGAGACGAUGCCCCCGACCUCAGACGCCGUGCCGCUCAUCGGUAUCUACUUUGCGUGCAUCAUGAUGAUGUGUUCCCUGUCUAUUGUAUUCACCGUGGUCGUCCUGAACUUUCACUACCGCUCGCCUGAUACACACACCAUGCCUCGAUGGGUGAAACGCGUUCUCUGUGGCUGGCUGGCCUGGCUGUUGAGGAUGGAGCGUCCUGGAGGCAGCACCACACGGAGGUCACUGACACAGAGGGCACAGGUCAAGGACUACAAGCUGGGGCCCCUGGAGGAGAAGUCCCGGAGUCUGAUGGCCAACGUACUGGACAUGGACGAUGACCCUCGCAUGGCCAACGGCAGUACCACGGGCUUUCUUAUGAAGAUGGAGGAGAGCAUGGGAAUGAACUCGUCUUCAGUACGUCACGACAUCACGAGCAUCUUGCGGGAACUAAAGAAGAUCACCAGCAGAUACCGGAAGGAGGACGAGGAGAGUGACGUCAAGAACGAUUGGAAGUUUGCCGCCAUGGUGAUGGACAGAUUGUGUCUGGUCGUCUGCUGCGUGUUCACACUGGGCUCGACCGUCGCCAUCUUGGCUUCAGCGCCACAUCUUCUUGCAUAACCACUCUGUGGAUAUUGGACUGCCCCUCAGAGGCUAGCGAGGAAGGUGUGGCUUUUUCAACCAUGAGUUCAGUGCUAGCGUGUUUAGGUUUUUGGGAGGGGUGGGAGGGUAAACAUUUUACACCAUAUCAGACUCUUUAAAGUCGCCUCGAAAACGGAGGGUCCCUCAAUGAUGUACACGAUUUGAGAGCAUUGUUUUUCUUGUCAAAACUCUCGGUCGCCGGAUCAGCAAGAAAGAAGGCCGGACAGAAGAGACAAACUAAACAUGCCACUAUUUCAUCUGAGAGGUUGUGAUGUAUGAAUGGCCUCUCGUCAGUGAGGGGAGAGAAAAGGAGGAGGCAGGUAUUUUUGUCGAUUGUGUCCUUUGUUAUCAGUUAUUAAAGUGGACAAUUCCUCCUUCCUCAGCUUUUGUAAAAGAAUGGGUCCCUUUUUGGGGGAAAAAAAGGGGGGGGGGGGUAUGGUGGCUUUGAUGAUAAUCGUAAUCUUAAAAGAAAGGUCUUACUUCUUUCUUUUCCAUACCACCGUGUAAAGAAUGUACUGGGGAUUGGUAUAUUGAGGGUUAAUAUACACUGUUUAUUAUUUGCGAAGUUUCUUCGUACUUAAGGGAUCAGGACAGGAUAAUAUAGUGAAUAAAGGGCAACUUGUUAUCAGUGUAAGUCAUAUAGCACUAUUUCUGUUUCGUCCUUCCACUCUUUGAUUGUUCCUACGAAGCACUUAUCUUUCAAUCCUCUUACAUCAGUCUGACGCUGCCAGCGUUUAGUAGCUCUAGAACCUACCAAGUUUUCACUUACUCUGAUUAAUACGAUCUGCGUCGUUCUCUCUUCCAUAUUAACUUAAUCGAAAACUGUCCACGCUCUCCGGGUAGUGUUGACCUUCCAUGCGACGUUACUGAACUAAAAACAUCAAGUUUACAGCUGUACAAUGUCAUUGUACUUUAAGGGCUCUUUUAUUGCAAAAGGUGGAGUAGGCCGAGAAUCAUUUCGGAACGGGUCAUAAGGGCGAGCGAAGAGCUCAUAUUAUCUAACAAUUCAAAGAAGGCUCCCGGGUUGCUGUAGCAGUGAACCAGACAUAAUUUUAUUCGAAACAGCUUCGAUUGUUUUUUGUAAAUAUUCUAUUAUCAUAAUUCUAGUUAAAAAUUCGUGGUAAUUCUGGUUAAAACUUUGUUGAAAUUCUGUACACUUGUCCCAUUUACAUGUAUGGGUGCAAUAUUUUCUUGGACAUGACAUUAGGCAUUUCAACUAGCUUGAUUUCUUUCUUCUCUGAAUUUGCCUUCAGUCCUUUUUCCUUUCGAAGUUCCAAAAAAAAAACUUUCCCUUUUUUUGGAGUGCUGUAAUCUUUUUUCCGCAGCUCAGUCUGGAACUUAACAUGUGGUAGGCGUUCAAUGAAUAUCCAAACAGAGGGAUAAAAUCACCAUGAACGCUUCACAACCGUUUGAUAUUCUGACACAGACAUUCCAGCUCAAUAUGACUGGUGGGAAAGAGCUGUGAGCUUCAUAUGAUAAUGGAGCAUGACCCAAAACAUUUGGAUCGUAUAGACUCCUAAACUGCAAAACAGACAAUUGUGAAGUUUCUAUGCAGAUGUAAACUUAGGCGAGAAUUUGCAUGGGAUAGUUAUUUUUUUUUAAACCUGCCGUUUUGUUGCAAAUAACCAAAAACUAAAAAAUUAUUAAUUCAAA